AAAAAGCUUUAUUUAAAAAAAAGCGAGCAUUACGUCGAAACGCCUUGUGCACCUGUAGCGAUUCUAACCAAUCAAAUCGAAGAAUUCGUCUCUAUGGAAACAGCGGAACGCUAAAGCAGGAAAAGCACAGCAGCGCUAAGGAAAUCCAGGUGAUUUGAUCAUAUUAAUAAUCUUUUUUUAAGUUAUAAACUGUGUAUCCUAGCUUUAGCACAGUACUGAAGAUAAGCGAGGUUUUUAUGAUAAUGAUUUUGUGAAGUGUAUGUUGUUUCCGUGCUUGUCCACAAAAUUAAUAAUACUUUCAACUGUAACGUUUUACUUACGUGUGUAUAAAAUUGCCUAAAACAUGUACUCGACGUCAGAUUAUAUUAAGAUGGCAGGGACAGCAAGGCAUGAUCGAGAGAUGGCAAUAAAUGCGAAAAAGCAGCUGGCGGAGUGUACAGACCCCAUUGAGCGUCUGAGGCUGCAGUGUUUGGCACGAGGCUCCUCGGGCAUCAAGGGACUGGGCAGGACUUUUAGAAUCAUGGAUGAUGACAACAAUCGCACACUGGACCUGAAAGAAUUCCUGAAAGGACUGAAUGACUACGGGGUGCUUAUAGAGAAAGAAGAGGCCAUGAAUCUCUUUCAGCGCUUUGAUAAGGACGGCAGUGGAUUCAUUGAUUUUGAUGAGUUCCUCAUCACACUAAGGCCACCCAUGUCUAAUGCCAGAAAGGAAGUUGUGUUACAAGCGUUUAAAAAGUUGGAUAAGACCGGAGAUGCCGUAGUUACAGUUGAGGAUCUAAGAGGAGUGUACAAUGCCAAAAACCACCCCAAAUAUCAAAACGGCGAAUGGACUGAGGAUCAAGUAUUCCGUAAAUUCCUGGACAGUUUUGAUUCUCCAGACGACAAGGAUGGGAAGGUCACAAAAGAGGAGUUUUUGAAUUACUACUCUGGCGUGAGUGCCUCCAUUGACACAGACGUCUACUUUAUAGUAAUGAUGAGAAACGCAUGGAAGCUUGACUAAACUUCUACAUCUGUUUUAGGGUAAAGAACAGAAACGGAUCCAACUUCAGCAAAAGCUCUGAGUCAGAUCCAGUUGAACAACGUCAUAACUGAUGUCUUGACUCUAUCAACCCUGUUUAGUUUUAAGCUCUUAGAUCACAUUGUGUUAAGAUGCAACAUUUAUCUUCAAUAUUUUUUCUCAUAUUCAGAAUAGCAGAAUGUACUGUAUACAUUUUUUGCUGUCACACUAUACAUAACAUACCAUGUCUUAUUUUAUAAUACAUAAGCAUCUUAAAUAUAAGACUUCUUUAUUAUUUCAGAAAAAAAUGGCAUUUUCAAAGAAUCAUAUUCUGUUUUACUAAGUAUGUGACAUCACUUGGUUUCUUAAAAGCAACUGGAACAGUUUUGACAGGGUCAAGCCUUAAAAUAAGGUCGCACAUUUACCUUCGGUGUCUAACAACUAUUAACUUUGGGUUUUUGGGAAUCUACUUCACACAAUCAAAACAUCAGCCAAUUACUAAUACCACAACAGUGUUUCUCACUGCAGACAAGCACCUGCAUUGUACUGUUCUAUUCUCGAGUCAGCCACAUCAUCUAAGACAAACAGGUGGUGUGGUAUUGUUGCCAGGUAUUGUGCAUCAUCUUCCUUUGGCUAAUGAAAGUCUUUUGCAGUUGCUUGGAUCCCAAUGUGAGAAACACUCAAGUCAGUUGAAAUCUGUUGGAAAUUCACACAAAAUGUCUUUCUGUCUGUCUGGGUUGGGAUUAUCCUUUUGGUUGACUUUUGGCUUGUGGUCUAGGUGAUCAGGGUUUCUGUUACAGUUAUUCAUUUGUUUAAUAAUAAUGCUUUGUCUUUGCUAUCCACAGGUGACAAAAGAUGAAUUCUGGAACUACUAUAGUGGAGUCAGCGCCUCUAUCGAUAGUGAUGUGUAUUUCAUUUUAAUGAUGAAGAACGCAUGGAGGCUAUGAGUGUUUA